AUGGGGAUCGUCCUGGGUCGGGUGAACGUGGAGACGCCGCGAUUCACGGUGGAGGCGAAGACGGACGCGUUUGAGAUUCGCCGAUACCCCCCGCAGAUGGUGGCGGAAGUGACGUUCGACGGCGACCACCAGAACGGCAUCAACACAGCCUUUUCAGACCUAGCAGGGUACAUAGGCGCGCUCUCUGCUCCUCAGAACCGACCUGCACCUGCCCAUUCGGACAGCCCAGGCGAGGGGGGUGAAAAGAUUGCCAUGACUGCUCCCGUGCUGACACACGCUGGAGGAGGAAAAGGAGGAGGAGAUGGAGGAGGAGGGGACGGGGGAGAGAAGAGCACUACUGGUGGUGAGAAGAUUGCCAUGACUGCUCCGGUGCUCACACAUAUUGCAGAAGAAGGGGGAGAUGUGGGAAGAGGAGGGGAAGGAGGAGGGGAAGGCGGAGGGGAUGAGGCAGGGAAGAACAUUGCUGGGGGUGAGAAGAUCGCCAUGACUGCUCCUGUGGUGACAGCCCCCAACAACAGCACCAGGCAAGACCACGAUACAGGCAAGAUCACGAUGCAAUUCCUCCUGCCAGCAUCCCUCACACCAGCCACCCCGCCCAUCCCCACCAACCCGGCAGUCACCAUUCAUCAGCUGCCGCCCCGCCUCCUGGGUGCAGUCACUUUCUCGGGCACCUGCAAGACCACGAUGCAGUUCCUCCUGCCAGCAUCCCUCACACCAGCCACCACACCGAUUCCUACCAACCCGGCAGUCACCAUUCAUCAGCUGCCGCCCCGUCUUCUGGGAGCCGUCACUUUCUCGGGCCUCACAACGCAAUCCGUGCUUCAGCACAAGUCGCAGGAGCUGCAGGCGGCAUUAGAAGCAGCUGGGUAUAAAGUAUGUGGGGAUUAUGUGGUUGGGCGAUACAAUCCGCCAUUCACUCUGCCGUUUAUGAGGACUAACGAGAUCUUGUACCCUGUGGAAGGAUAA